CACACACAGAGCUUGUGCUGGGUCACUGCCUCUCCCCGCUCAAGGCAGAAUCAGGUUCCUGUAAUAGGGAAGAAUUCAGCUGACAAGAGCAUGAGUCCCUUCUUUGUGAUGUCUCUCCUCUUUGGCCUGACUUUCGGUCGAACUGCAUCACUUUGUGCUCCUUCUGAGUACAUAAUCCAUGUGGAGAAAAGGGAAUGUGCCUACUGCCUGGCUAUCAACACUACCAUCUGCGCUGGAUUUUGCAUGACUCGGGACAGCAAUGGCAAGAAGCUGCUACUCAAAAGUGCUCUGUCCCAGAAUGUGUGCACAUACAAAGAGAUGUUGUAUCAAACGGCACUGAUUCCAGGCUGUCCUCAUCACACCAUCCCUUAUUAUUCCUACCCUGUGGCGGUGAGCUGCAAGUGUGGUAAAUGUAACACUGACUACAGUGACUGCGUUCAUGAGAAGGUCAGGACAAACUACUGCACUAAACCGCAGAAGCUCUGUAACAUGUAAGCUUCCAACAGAAUGUGGUUGAAAUGUACCUCUGCUCACAACUGAACAUAAAUAAAAGUGUAUUUCAUAACAGAUUUGCAAA